AUGCCACCCAAACGCCUUGUUUACGCCCAAAGUCUCCGUGAUGCCUUCACUGAAACCGACAGUUGUGCCGCUGUGGAGAAUUGGGCCACUGUCACUAUUUCUCGCCUCGAGCAACUCGUGCAGCGAGUGGCCGCGAAAAGAGCAUCUAUUCAACAAUCUCUCUACACUCGCGCUAAUGCGGAACACACACCGGAGGAAGUGGUGGCGUUAUUACAAGAAUAUCAAUCCAUUUGUCAUUGUGUUUUCAGUGAGGCGGAACUCAUCCGCACAGUGAUUGCCAUUCGAAUUCCGGAAUUAAAAGAAGAAGAUAAUUUGGGAGUUGUGGUUCAACAUGCGGUGUUAAAGAUGUUGGAUGAAUUACAAAAUAAAACGAUUGGUGGGGGUGGGGGAGAUAAGAAUAGUGGUGGAGGUGUGGCCUCCGCUGCGGGAAUGUAUUCUCUUCGGGAUUAUCUUUCCACUCGUGGUGGAUUGGAGGAUAAACUUCUUGGGAAAGCGGAGGAGAAUAAUAAAGAUAAGAGUAAAGAUAAUAAUAAUAAUAAUAAUAAUAAUAAUGAAGGAGAAAAGGCAAUGGGAAGUAAAAGUCCAUCAUUGGUGUUGGAGUUAAAACAAGUGGAUGCGGAUACUUUACUAAAGGUGGAAUUGGCCGGCACUCAAUUGACAUCUACACUACGGGCCUUUGUGAAUGCCUACGCACUCAACUGGAAGAAGUUGAUUCAACCACGGACGGGAAAUGAUCAUAUGGUGAGUUAA